ACCCCGGGCGCCCUUGGAGGGUCUUGGCUCUGCGGGUAAUGACCGGUCCCGUGCAGGGCGGUGGGGCAAGGGCCCUGGACCUGCUCCGGGCCCUGCCGCGUGUGAGCUUGGCCAACCUAAAGCCGAAUCCAGGCUGCCAGUAUCAGCCUUUGAGUCUCAAUAGAUUGCAGUAUCUUAUUGAUUUGGGUCGAGUGGAUCCUACUCAACCUAUUGACUUAACUCAGCUGGUCAAUGGAAGAGGUGUGACCAUCCAGCCACUUAAAAGGGAUUAUGGUGUCCAGCUGGUAGAGGAGGGUGCUGACACCUUUAAGGCAAAAGUUAAUAUUGAAGUACAGUUGGCUUCAGAACUAGCCAUUGCUGCAAUUGAAAAAAACGGUGGUGUUGUUACUACGGCCUUCUAUGACCCAAGAAGUCUAGAAAUUCUAUGUAAACCCGUUCCAUUCUUUCUGCGCGGACAACCCAUUCCAAAACGAAUGCUUCCGCCUGAAGCACUAGUACCGUAUUAUACUGAUGCAAAGAAUCGUGGUUACCUGGCCGAUCCUGCCAAAUUUCCUGAAGCAAGACUUGAGCUUGCCAAGAAGUAUGGCUAUAUUUUACCUGAUAUCACUAAAGAUGAACUCUUCAAAAUGCUUAGUACUCGUAAGGAUCCAAGGCAGAUUUUCUUUGGUCUUGCCCCUGGAUGGGUGGUGAAUAUGGCAGAUAAGAAAAUCCUCAAACCUACAGAUGAAAAUCUCCUCAAGUAUUACAGCUCAUGAAUUCCCUUCCAGGAAAGCAGAGUUGUAAAAGAGUUCUGGAAGAAAACGGACUGAAGCAUGCUUAUUUCUCAUCAUCUUUUCUUGAUUUAUAAUUCUCUAGAUGUUGAUGUUAAUUUUCCAUGUAGUCCUAUAUCCAUUUUUAUCUAAAAUUGAAAUAAAUGGAAUAAGCAAGGGCUGCAUAGGGGAACUGAA